CGCACUCGCCGUCCGCGCCCACGCGCGUGACAUGUGCUCAGCGGCGGCGCGCGAUGCUGACCCGGCUGCGUGGCAUCCUGACCUGUGCUAGCGCGCGCUCGACUGACCCUGAGGUGACCCAGUGCCGGCCCGGCCUCCGCCUGAGGUAGGUGGCGCCCCUGACGCCCGUCACCCGGCCGCCGCGCCGGCCCCGCCGCUUUUCGGUGUGUCUGUGGCGUGCGCGCGCACGCACUUGGUGUCCGCAAGAUGGGCAACAGUUUUAUCCGGAAGAACUACGAGGAGUCGCCCUGGCUAGUCACUCGCCGCACCGGCAACCUGCUGAGACUAUGGGCGGAGGUGUUCCACGUGUCGUCCACCGGCUCGGGCACGGUCAAGUGGCAGCAGAUCUCGGACGACCUCGUGCCCGUCAGCCUGACCUGCAUCCAGGACUCGCCCAGCUACGUGUUCCACAUCACCGCGUACAACUCACAGGUGGACAAGAUCCUGGACGUCCGCCUCACCCAGCCCGACGUGAGCUACAUAUCGGCCCAGCAGCGCCAGUGUCUGCUGCGACAAGUGCGCGCGCUGGCCCUGUUCCCCAGCUGGCACGUGUUUCCCCUCUGA